AUGGCCACCCCACAUUCUGAAUCCUCACUUAGCGAUUUGCAAGUACCGUCACGCAUCUUUGAUAUUGCACUUAUUAUUGAUUCAGAGGGUCAAUGGGAUUUCCCGCAAAGCCUUGAUAUGCGUUUAAACACAAUAAUUCCUGGAGUCAUCGUAACCGUAGGGAAAAAUGACACUCCGCAUGUGCAGACUAUGGUAUCAUACAACUUUGAAGGAUUGCACCUACAGGAUCCAGAGGAUGGGAAUGAUAUUCGAGACAUGACAGCUUCGUGGCUCCCAAUACAAUUUCAACCACAUAAAAAUAGAGAAGACGAUUAUAAGCAGAGAAUUGGAACGGAUAAACAUCUAAGCUUCGCCACGUACGAGGCCACGCGGAAUGGGAACUACCAGCUUCGUAAAAAGGUCAGACUGCAGGAUGAUAAAUUAUAUUCUGUGCAAGAGGUACAAGACUAUGAUAGAGGAAUACAAGCCACAUCACCGCCGGCAGGGAAAGGAUUCUCCCGCCGAAUAAAGCAAUUCGCCAUAUUUAUAGGGCCCGAGCGCACGGUUGAUCCUGCCCUCGCGCUCAGAGCUAGGGAAGUCGUUCUGGGAAACAACGCUCCCAAUUAUCUCAUGGGAAACUCAUCGCCAAAGCCAUGUAGGUCCAGUAAGGCGCCGCACACGGUAAGAAGUCAACGUACAGUCAAGACUCGCAGAGCUCAGAAAUGCGAAAAACCACCAGAUCCAGCACCUAUCGUUGAAGCCGAAAUAACCCACAUUCCAGUCUCCAAAUUUUGCAUAUUAAGUCAGGAAACUGAAGUUGAACCAGUCUCCGAAAAUGAGGUAUCAACUGUUGACUCCUAUCCUUCCGAAUUAACCUGGAGAGAGGAUGAAAUCACCGGAUACGAUCCCGAUGAUCCAGAAGAUGAUGGUGAGGGUAUAAAUGGAAUUGGCUUUAAACCAACCCCCCGUGAGGCAUACCUAAGGAGUCAAAAGAGAAAGCGACAGCUGGCAGAAUAUAGAAUCAGAGAAGCCAUGGAAGCACGAAAACUGCGGAGUGAACGGAGGAACCUAGCAACAGCUGUAAGAGAUAAGAUAAAGGAGGGGACAAUGAGCGUGAGAAAAGUGAGAUUUCUGGGAUUAUAG